GCGCCGCCAUCUUAGAGUCGCGGCUCGGGCCCAGGGAGGCGGGGAGGAGCGCGGGGGCGCGCGUGUGCACGCGCGGGGGCGCAUCGUCACGGCGACAGCGGCGGCGGCAGCGGCAGCAGCGGCUCCUCCGGCGGGACCUCGCCCUCGCCCCGAGUCCGAGUCCGAGUCCGAGCCGGCGCUUGCACUCGCCUCCCUCGGCCUCCUCCGCCGCAGCUCGCGGGCGGCCCAUGGUCGGCGUUUGAGCCGCCGCCGCCUCAGCCCGUCCCCCGACGCUCGGCUCGGCCCGGCCCGGCCGGGAGCCCCCGAGAUGCUGCCGAAGCGGCCGCCGGAGCCGCCGCAGCCGCCCCGCCGCUGCCGCUCCCUGCCCGCCGUCUCCGCCUGGCUCGUGACGGCCGCCGCGCUGUUCGGGCUCUGCGGCGGGGGCUGGGCGGCGCGAGUUAACAAGCACAAGCCGUGGAUUGAAACGACAUACCAUGGUAUAGUCACAGAAAACGACAAUACAGUCCUCUUGGAUCCCCCUCUGAUUGCCCUGGAUAAAGAUGCACCUCUGCGCUUUGCAGAGAGUUUUGAGGUGACAGUCACCAAAGAAGGUGAGAUAUGUGGAUUUAAAAUUCACGGACAAAAUGUCCCCUUUGAUGCCGUGGUAGUUGAUAAAUCCACUGGUGAGGGAAUAAUUCGCUCCAGAGAGAAACUGGACUGUGAACUGCAGAAAGACUACACCUUCACCAUCCAGGCCUAUGAUUGUGGGAAGGGACCAGAUGGAGCCAAUACAAAAAAAUCUCACAAAGCAACAGUACAUAUUCAGGUGAAUGAUGUGAAUGAAUAUGCCCCUAUAUUUAAAGAAAAAUCCUACAAAGCUACGGUGAUUGAAGGGAAGAAAUAUGACAACAUUUUAAAAGUGGAAGCAGUAGAUGCAGACUGUUCCCCUCAGUUCAGCCAGAUCUGCAGCUAUGAAAUUGUGACUCCAGAUGUGCCCUUCAUUGUUGACAAGGAUGGUUAUAUAAAAAACACCGAGAAGCUGAGCUAUGGGAAAGAGCCUCAGUAUAAGUUGACCGUUACGGCGUAUGACUGUGGGAAGAAAAGAGCUACGGAGGACGUGUUGGUCAAGAUUAGCAUUAGACCCACAUGCAGGCCUGGCUGGCAAGGAUGGAACAAGAGGAUUGAGUAUGAACCUGGUACUGGGUCUUUGGCUCUUUUCCCCACCAUCCAUUUGGAAACUUGUGAUGAAGCCAUCACCUCCAUCCAAGCGACAGUGGAGCUAGAAACCAGCCACAUAGGCAAAGGCUGUGAUCGGGACACGUACUCAGAGAAGUCCCUCCACCGGCUUUGCGGUGCAUCCUCUGGAACUGCUGAACUUCUUCCUCCUCCAAGCAGCGCCUUGAACUGGACCGUGGGCCUCCCCACCGAUAAUGGCCAUGACAGUGACCAGGUCUUUGAAUUUAAUGGCACCCAAGCCGUGAAGAUUCCAGAGGGCGUCGUGACAGUAAAUGUGAAAGAGCCAUUUAUGAUCUCCGUGUGGAUGAGGCAUGGGCCUGGGGGCAGGGAGAAGGAAACCAUUCUUUGUAAUUCAGAUAAGACAGAUAUGAACCGGCACCAUUAUUCCCUCUACGUACACAAUUGCCGACUGGUUUUUCUCUUCCGUCAAGACCCUUUGGAGGAGAAGAGUUACAAACCUGCUGAAUUUCACUGGAAAUUGAACCAGGUGUGUGAUAAGGAAUGGCACCAUUACGUUCUCAAUGUGGAGUUCCCCAGUGUGACUCUGUAUGUCGAUGGUGUUUCCUAUGAUCCCUUUCCAGUGACUGAAGAUUAUCCUCUUCACCCUUCCAAGAUAGAAACUCAGUUGGUGGUUGGAGCGUGUUGGCAAGAGUAUUCAGGAAAUGAAAAUGACAAUGAGACUGAGACGGAGGCAGUGACUGUGACCUCUGCAGGCGGGGAGCUACACAUGGCUCAGUUUUUCCGAGGUAAUCUGGCCGGCUUAAUGAUUCGCUCUGGGAAACUGGAAAAUAAGAAGGUGAUUGAUUGUCUAUACACCUGCAAAGAAGGACUCGAUUUGCAAGGGGCUGAUAGCAAAGGCUUGAAGAUUCAAGCAAACCCUAGCCGGUCGGUGCUGACUUUGGAAGGAGAUGACUUGGAGCGGUUUGAUAAGGCCAUGCAGCACGUUUCCUAUUUGAACUCUCGACAGUUCCCCACACCAGGAAUCCGAAGGCUUCAGAUCACCAGCACUGUCAAAUGCUUCAAUGAAGAGGCCUGUAUGUCGAUCCCUCUUGUGGAUGGCUAUGUGAUGGUCUUACAGCCAGAGGAGCCCAAAAUCAGCUUGAGUGGUAUUAACCACUUUGCUCGGGCGGCUUCAGAAUUUGAAAGUGCUGAGGGAGUCUCCCUGUUUCCAGAGCUUCGAAUCAUCAGUACCAUCACCCGGGAAGUAGAACAGGACACAGAUGGAGAUGAGGAUCCCACAGUUCAAGAGUCCUUGGUGUCUGAAGAAAUCAUGCACAAUCUGGACACAUGUGAGAUCACAGUGCUGGGCGAGGAGCUGAGGCCAGAUGAAGAGAGUGUGGAGGUGGAUAUGGCCCGCCUGCAGCAGAAGGGCAUUGAGAUGAGCAGCUCCAGCCUGGGCAUCAUCAUUACAGGUGUGGACACCAUGGCCAGCUAUGAGGAGGUGCUGCAUCUGGUGCGUUACCGCAACUGGCAUGCCUCCACAUCUGUGCUGGACAGGAAGUUCAAGCUGGUGUGUUCUGAACUGAAUGGGCGCUAUGUCAGCAACGAAUUUGAAGUGGAGGUGAGCGUCAUACACACGGCCAACCCGGUGGAACAUGCUAACCACAUUGCAGCCCAGCCUCAGUUUGUCCACCCGGUGCAUCACUCGUUUGUCGAUCUGUCUGGCCACAAUCUAGCCAACCCCCACCCAUUUUCAGUUGUCCCCAGUACAGCAACUGUUGUGAUUGUGGUAUGUGUCAGCUUCCUGGUUUUCAUGAUCAUCCUGGGAGUGUUCCGGAUCCGGGCCGCACACCAGCGAACUAUGCGUGAUCAGGACACGGGGAAGGAGAAUGAGAUGGAUUGGGAUGACUCUGCCUUGACCAUUACAGUGAACCCCAUGGAGACCUAUGAGGACCAGCACAGCAGUGAAGAGGAAGAAGAGGAGGAGGAAGAGGAGGAGAGUGAGGAUGGUGAGGAAGAAGAUGAUAUCACUAGUGCAGAGUCUGAAAGCAGUGAGGAAGAAGAAGGGGAACCAGAGGAAGAUCAGCAGAACGUGAACAGACAGCAGCAGUUAGAAUGGGACGACUCUACCCUCAGCUACUGAGACCAGGCACUCCUCCGUCCUCUCUGUGUCUGCUUUGAAAGACUCCGCUGUUGUCCCCUCCCCUGGUGUACAAAAUCAUUUUGGCCAGUUGGCCCAGUGGCUCCCUUGCUGCCCCCUGCCACCCCCAUGCUUGCUCUUGAGCGUGUAGUCCCCUCCUUCCCACUGACUGGAUUGGGUUGGCGGGUUUUUUCAGCACUACAUGAGGCCCUACCUGGCCCUUUCUCCUUCGUCGUCCCAGCUCAGCUUUCCUGAUGUGCACCCAGGUGUCCAGGCUCCGCUCUCCUCCUGUUCCUUCAGACAAGCUGCAGUGCUCUGACUUGUUGACAAAGGGUAAAACAUUGCUCAUUCCCACCCAGUGAACAUUUUUCCUUUUUUAAAAAAAAGUUUUAUUUUUUUCCAAAUUAGUGCAUGUGUUAAAGUGGCAAGAAGGAGAGUUAAUGUGUAGAUGAUUAACUUUUGAUAUUUUGUAAAUAAAUUAAAAUUCUGUUGAUGUCCUUUUUUGUGAUAGUGUAAACAAACAGAGACUGGUGUUUAAGGCCAGGGACAGGGGGCUGGGGAAGAAGGAAGAGUAGAUAUGGUGUCCUCUUGUCUUUUCCAUGGGGAACAAAGGAAAGUCUGUGGCUAACCAACUAACUGUUUAGACUUUCCCCAAAUCUCUGGAGGUCAGCUGCCCUGCCUUAGGACAGUUCCAGGCUUGGUCCCUAAGGCAUUUCCAAGGGUAAGUUGUCAGAAAGCACUGCCCUGGAGGCCGUAGACCAACCAUGUGGGUGCUAUGCCCAGGUUUUGUUGGAGGGACCCACCCCCUCCUGACUGGAGGCUGCUCUGCUUCUUGGGUGGGAUACGCUUACCUGCCUGAUUGAUUGAUAGAGGGGAGGGCAAGGUUUGGAGACCCUUCGUUGGCCAGAAACAGCAGAGCCCUCUGUAUUUUCUUUGGGAGUUAGAUAUUUUUUUCUAAUUUGGGUGAUGGGAUGGGUGGGACAUAGCUGGGAUCAUCUCCUUAUUUUACACAGCCCUGCUAAUGACCUGUAGUUCCUUGUACAGUAACCUGGACUCUUACAUGAGGCCUUUUUGUUUCUAUUUCAUAAAUGUCUUUUUCCCCCGCUGGUGAAGUGAAAUUAUAGAACAAAUUAUACAAACCAGUUGUGCAUCGAAUUGAACAUGUGGCUCACGAGGGCAGGUGGCCAGCUGAGGUCACCACUGAUCAGAGCACAAACCCUUGAACAAACAGCUGACCAGGCCCAUCUUGUGCCCACUCCCCAAGGCUGGUGGGACAAGCUUGGCUGUGGGGACUCCAGGCCUGUCUUCCCCCCCCCCCCAUGCGUUCCCUCCAAGCGUCUGCUCUCCAGGGCCUGGAGGGAAGAGGAGAGGAACGUCUUGUGUUUGUUCCUGGGGCUUUGGUGCCGACCUGUUAGCAAAGAGCCUGAAACCCGUACAAACACACACUUUUUUUUUUAAAAGAAAUUUAAAUGUAAAAUUUUAGAUUUCUAAAAUGGGGGGAGGGCAGGGGGAAUGAUUUUGACUACUUUUCUGUGAUAGCAUACUUGCUAGUUGGAAGUAAACUGGGGAACUUAUGUCUAACAGUUGUCCUGUAUUACUGUUGAUGUGUAGAUUUUUUCCUUCCAUAUACUGUCACUGUAGCUGCUGUACUUAGACUCUAAGUGAUAAAGAGUAAACAUCAUACUGACAGGUGACCUUCCUGGAUACUGUCUGUAACCGUGGUCUGGUCUCUUCUUUCAGAUGUGUAUAUUGGUGAUAGGUCAGUUCGGAAAGAUUAUAAGCUACAAUAAAUUUCUGAUUCUAA